GCCCAAAGCCCGAAUAAAAUGAGGCCUGUGAAGUCAUCGUGGCCCACGGACGUGUAGGAGGGGACACGCCGCCGGGCCUCACUAACCGCAGGUUCGGGAGUACUCCGGAACCCGCCGCCGCAUCCACACGACGCCACGACUGACGACGGAGAGCCCCGGUCUCCUUCCACGGCUCCACCGCCACCACCCCGCAUAAAAAACCCUACAGCUCGUAUUCGCCUCAUCUCGCAGCAGCAGCAGAAGAACAAGGGUAUGGCGAAGGAUGGGGGUCCCGACUGGAACGGCCUGCUCAAGUGGAGCCUCGCCCACGGCGACGGCACCAACCCGCCGCGUGCUCUCAGCGAGGAAGACAGAAAAUGGUUCAUGGAUGCUAUGCAAGCCAACACGGUAGAUGUUGUGAAGAGGAUGAAGGAGAUCACUCAGGUGAUGAAAACUCCAGAAGAUGUCUUGCAGUCUCAGGGCGUGACCCCUGAGAACAUCGAAGAUAUGUUGGAUGAGCUACAGGAGCAUGUUGAAUCCAUUGACAUGGCAAAUGAUCUACAUUCUAUUGGUGGGCUGGAUCCUCUACUUGGUUACUUGAAAAAUUCAAAUGCUGGCAUCCGAGCAAAGGCAGCAGAAGUUGUUAGUACAAUUGUGCAGAAUAAUCCCAAGAGUCAGCAACUUGUCAUGGAAUCCAAUGGGCUAGAGCCACUGUUGACGAACUUCAAAUCAGAUCCAAGUACAAAUGCACGCACAAAAGCUUUAGGAGCCAUAUCUUCUCUAAUUCGUCAUAACCAGCCUGGAGUUUCCGCAUUUCGAUUGGGAAAUGGCUAUGCUGGAUUGAAGGAUGCUCUUGGUUCCGAUGAUGCCAGACUCCAAAGGAAAGCUCUCAAUCUCAUACAAUACUUGCUGCACAACUACAAGGCAGACAGGAGUGUUGCCACAGAGCUUGGUCUUCCGAAGCUGAUGAUGCACCUUGUGUCCAGCGAUGAUUCCUUAGUGCGUGAAGCUGCUCUAGGCGGCCUCCUUGAGUUGGCGCGGGACAAGACAUCUGGUAACGCGCUACCUGACCAAGAAAAGCUGAAAGACAUGCUCAAGAGCCGAAUAGAAGGGAUCAGCGCAAUGGACACUGACGAUCUCCACGCUGCUCGCGAGGAGCGGCAGCUGGUGGAUUCACUCUGGAAGGAGUGCUACAACGAACCUUCGUCUCUCAGGGAGAAGGGCCUCGUCGUGCUUCCGGGAGAGGAUGCUCCCCAACAGCCGCCACCAGACGUUGCAGGGAAGAUGUUUGAGCCACCGCUUCGUGCGUGGGCGGCUGCAAGACCUGCUCAGGAAGAUGACUCUGACUCUGGCAGCGGAAAGAAGGCUCCGCCAUUGCUGCUUAAGUUUUGACGGCCUUCUUAUGCCGAUACUAGUUCUUAGGCUCCACCAUGGGUGUUGAAAGCUGAAAGAUCAGAUCUGAUGGAUGCCUGACCUUCUUCGAACCUCAGUUGUGGUUCUUGUAAUUUGCACCGCAUUUCUGUUCUGAGUAUGUUUUUAUGAGAAGACUGGGAAGAUGACAGACAGAUACUGUAUCACGUGAUGCUCGUAAAUUAACACUACAUGCGAAUUCUCUUGCUCGAUUGCUCA